UGUAGGUAGUACAAGAACUGAAAAAUAAUUUUUGGUUGCCAGUAUACCUGUAGUCGUUGCACUGAUCAGUCGAUAGUUUUGUGAUAAAUUAUUUCUCAAGUGAAUUAAAUUAUUAACCAUGGGACGUGAUUCUAGAAAGGUUUCAAGAGAACUUCGGAGUUCUGAAAAAAUUAAUAAGUCGCGUUCAGUCAAAAGAAAGAAUGUUUUUAAUCCGAAAACAGCCGAACGUGAUGAAAGUAUUCAGAGUACAUCUUCUAAAAAAUUAAAACAAAACACUGAAGAUGAUGUACCUGAAGACAGCAGUACUGAAUUUCGAAUAAUAAAUUUUAUUCAGGUAUUCACUGCAAUUUCUGCUCUUAUAAAAUGUAAAAAAUGUGAUGGAAAUGUAGUGUUUCAAACAGCAAGUACACGUGGGCUGGGAUUCAAAAUUGUAGUUGCAUGUAAUAACUGUGGAAAUGAAUAUAUUCCUUCCUGUUCUUUCGUUGGGCAUUCUUAUGAAAUAAACAGACGUUUCAUUUUUGUAAUGAGAAUACUAGGAAUAGGAUACGAAGGAUUGUGCAAGUUUUGCGGCCUGAUGGACAUGCCGUCUUUUUUAGAUAAAUCUACGCAUACAAUUUUACUGAAACAGAUUUUGAAUUGUAGUAAAGCCGUCGCAGAAACCUUCAUGACGAAAGCUGUGAAUGAAGAAAAGCAAGCAAUGCCAACAACUGAAAAUGAAGAUAUAAAUCAUCUAACUGUAUCGGGAGAUGGAACCUGGCAAAAACGGGGAUAUACAUCGUCAUUUGGAGUUUCUUCUAUAAUUGGCUAUUUUACUGGAAAGAUUCUUGACAUAAACAUUAAAAGUGCAUAUUGUAAGCUAUGUGAGUAUUGGAAAAAAAAAACAAAUACUGUUGAGUUCGAGGAAUGGUAUCAAUCGCAUGAAGAUGUGUGUUCUGCUAAUCAUCAAGGGUCUUCUGGGAAAAUGGAGGUGGAUGCGAUGGUCGAAAUGUUUUCGUAUUCUGAAACUAAAUAUGGAGUUAAGUAUGCCAACUAUAUUGGUGAUGGUGACUCCAAGACCUAUUCAGGAAUUAUAAAAUCAGAUCCUUACGAAAAUACAACUGUAAAUAAAAAGGAAUGUAUAGGGCAUGUCCAAAAGCGGAUGGGGAGUCGAUUACGUACGCUGAAGAGUAAACAAAAAGGUCUUGGUGGUCGAGGUAAGCUCACAGGAAAAUUAAUAGACAAACUAACUGUGUACUAUGGUUUAGCAAUACGCCGGCAUUGUGAUUCUAUUGAAAAUAUGAAAUCUGCUAUAAUGGCAACCUUUUAUCACUACGGCUCGAGUGAUGAAAAACCGAAUCAUGAUAUGUGUCCAAAAGGCGAAGAAUCUUGGUGCUCUUACCAGCGCGCUGAAGCAAGAGGAGAGCUUGAUACCUUUUCUCACGAUUAUUCUCCUUUACCUUCUGAUGUUUUAAAAGCUAUCAAGCCUAUAUACGAAGAUCUUAGUAAUGAAAAUUUACUUUCAAGAUGUGUAGGUGGAUUCAAUCAGAAUAAUAAUGAAAGCUUUAACCAACUAGUAUGGAAAAUAUGCCCAAAAACGGUAAAUACUAGUUUUACCAUCGUACAAAUAGCUGCAUACGUUGCUAUGUGUAUAUUUAAUGAGGGUAUAAAUUCAUUAUUAGUCUUGAUGAAUACACUAGGACUUAAUUGUGGGCCUAAUUCUCAUCGGUAUGCAGAAAGAAUGGAUGCUGCACGUAUCAAAGUAGCAGAUAAGCGCGCUAAUGAUAACACCCGAGAAGGUCGAUUGCAACGUAGGCACCAGCAAAUCGAUAUUUUGGAAGCUGCUAUGUCGGCUGAAGAGCUAUUAUAUGGUCCAGGAAUAGAUGACUCAGUAUGAAUCUCCAAGGACUUAUGAUGAUCACCGCAAAGGACUUCGGGAGGAACGGGCUCUACAAAAACAGCGAUAACUUUUUGAAUUAUUAAUUUUUUUUUUUGAAAUUUUCGUGAAGUCAAAUCGAAACGUGUUCUAAUAAAGCUAUGUUUUUAUUUUUGUCAAAUAAAGUAAUUAACUACAAAAAAAAAAUUAUUGAAAAUCAUCAUUUUUUCAUACCCCU